AGCCAAAAAGCCUCCGGGAUCGCGAAGCAGGAGAGGGGAGACAGCAAAAUAUUCCGACUUGGGUUUGGCGUCGAAGCUGAGGCCAUAGAGGAAGAAGAAUAAGAAGAAAACGCUAAGACAUAGCGUAGACCAGCACAGAAGAUCGUCCGAAGCAAAAGAUUUGUUUUUGACCUUGAUUCCUUGUUCUGCUGCCACCCUAAAGGCAGGGGAGCAUAUGCACACACGCACACUUUUUUCUCUGUUCAAGGAGUUGGCGGUAGGAACAUGAUGCAUUUGGCUGGAACGUUCAAAUAGCACGAGCAUGAGAGGGAAGUUAGAGAAUAACCUCAGGAUAUGCAAGCUUGUCAAAAAGCAGCAUGAGCAACGAUAUGUUUGAUGUACAGAUAUUAACGGAGAAGUUGUUGAAACUCAACAAUUCGCAACAAAGCAUUGAAUCUUUGUCCCGUUGGUGCAUCUCUCACCGGAAGAAAGCAAAAGACAUCGUUGAAACAUGGGAUAAGUUAUUUAACUCUUCCCAGAAAGAGCAACGGGUCUCUUUUCUAUACUUAGCUAACGACAUCUUGCAAAAUAGUAGGCGGAAGGGUAGUGAGUUUGUCAAUGAAUUCUGGAAAGUUCUUCCAGCUGCUCUCAGGCAUGUUUAUGAAAAUGGCGAUGAAUAUGGAAAGAAAGCAGUGACCAGACUUGUUGACAUAUGGGAAGAAAGGAAGGUUUUUGGUUCAAGAGGUCAGGGUCUGAAAGAUGAAAUGAUGGGUAAGGCUCCACUUCCAUCCUCUGCAUCUGCAAGCAACGGAAAGAGUAAUCCUAUCAAGAUAGUGAAGAGGGAUGCCCAUUCUGUGAGAAUAAAACUGGCUGUUGGGGCCAUCCAGAAAAAAUAUUGACAGCAUUUCAGCCUAUUCUUGACGAACAUCUUGGUGAGGAGGCUGCCUUAACUAAGUGUCAUGCUGCUGUAAGGGAUGUGGGAAAGGUUAUAGAAGAUGUUGAAAAUACAUUGGCUCAAGGUAAGAGAGUUGCAAGUGAAACUCCCUUAU